CUCGAGGGUAUUUUAGUCAAUUCAAAUAACCCGAAAUACUAGGGUUUCCGCCCCCGCCUUCCUCCUCAAUUAUAAAAUUCCUCUCCGUUUGUUUAAUUCUGUUGCUACUAACCGCCGUCUCUCUCUCUCUCCCUCUUCCUUAUCAUCAAAACUUGCUCUGCUCCGAUCUCUUAAAAAAAAAAAGAUGUCUGAGGGAUCAGAAGAUACGAAAACAAAACUCGACUCUGCCGGAGAGUUAUCAGAUGUUGAUAACGAGAACUGCAGUAGCAGCGGAAGUGGCGGUGGUAGUAGUUCUGGUGAUACCAAAAGGACUUGCGUUGAUUGCGGAACUAUCCGAACUCCUCUUUGGCGUGGUGGUCCUGCCGGACCAAAGUCAUUGUGCAAUGCUUGUGGGAUCAAGAGUAGGAAGAAGAGACAAGCAGCACUUGGUAUGAGAUCAGAGGAGAAGAAGAAGAACAGAAAAAGCAAUUGCAAUAAUGAUCUAAACCUCGACCAUCGAAACGCCAAGAAAUACAAAAUCAACAUAGUUGAUGAUGGCAAGAUCGACAUCGAUGAUGAUCCGAAAAUUUGCAAUAACAAGCGUAGUAGUAGUAGUAGCAGUAACAAAGGAGUGAGUAAGUUUUUGGAUUUAGGGUUUAAAGUACCGGUGAUGAAGAGAUCAGCGGUUGAGAAGAAGAGGUUAUGGAGAAAACUCGGUGAGGAAGAAAGAGCUGCUGUGCUUCUCAUGGCUCUCUCUUGUAGCUCUGUUUACGCCUAAGUGUUUCUCUGUAUUAGGUCAUAAUCAAGUGAGAGCGAUUUUGAUUAACUUAAUUAGAUAGAGAUAAUAUGUAAUGAAUGUGUAAGUUCCUAGUUUUUUGGUUCCACUAAUGUUUUGUGUUCAUUUUCUUGAUGAAUUCAAAUAUCAACACUUUUUUUUGGUUCUUAGUCAUUCAAUGCCAUAAUAAUGAGAAUUGGUCUUAAUUUUUAGUGCCUCAAAUGUCAUUCUCUGUGUAUGGGCCCAUAUGGCCCAAGA